GUUCAGUUCAAAUUUAAGAUAAGAACAAUAACCUUUUGUUGAUAAAUGUUUCAUCAAUGAGUACAUUUCCACUAGUUUAGUUUUUAGGCGUAUUUUGGUAUUUCACACUAUAAGUUCUCUUAUCAUAACAAUCAACUGCUUUGUGAUGCUCUCUUUAACUAUUAUAAAUCUUAAGAAAUGUAGACAUCUAUCAUCAAUUAAUAAUUUUAUUAGAAAAAGUUUUUGUUCUAAAGUUCCAAAAAAACCCUUUAGUGCUAUAGAUCUUUCAAAGUUACCUCCCUCUACUAAAAUUGACAAAGAAACUAUAGAGCACCUCGAAAGAAUUUCAUUGGUAGAUUUUGGUGAUGAAAAGGGAAUAAAAAUUGUGGAAGAAGCUGUUAGAUUUGCAGAUCAAUUGUUCUUGUGUAAUACGGAUGGUGUAGAACCUUUAACAAGUCUUCUGGAAGAUAGAGCCUUGCCAUUAAGGAGUGAUGAAGUUGUAGAUGGUAAUAAGAGUGAUAUAUUGUGUAAUGCUAAAAUCGUCGAAGAGGACUAUUUUGUGGCACCUCGGGGCAAUGUUCCAUUAGAACCUAAGCAAUACAAUUUUGAUUUAGAUGACAAGAAAGUAAAAAAUGAACAAAGUAACUAACGAUGUACUCAAGAAAAUAAUCAAACAUGCUGAGGAUUAUGGUUUCUUGAAAAUUAUUGAAAAUAAUGGCAUAUGCGAGUAUUUUACACUUGGACCUGCUGGACAACUUUUAUCUGAAAAUAUUAGAAAAGAAUGGAUGUACUCUAAUGUGACUCAUAGAGAAAAUAAUGUAUUUACUUUUAAAUCUUUGGAAAACAACUCCAAUUUCUUAACUGAUAUCAGGGAACCAUACAAGAUUGCAAAAAAUUACAUUAAUUCUGAGUGUCCUUUUGGAUUGGUAGAUAUUGUUUUCAUUAGAUCCUGGUAGAUUCAGGUUUGAAGAAAUAGAAAAAUGUAAUGAUAACAUUGGAUUAAUUGCUAAAAUUGGUGCUGAAUACCCAUGGGGUUUUCAUUGUUUGGAAACUGUACAUUAUCAUGGUGGUUUACCAUUUCAGAACAUUUCGUUAGAUGAUGUGAACAUUUUUUCUGUUCGAGUUGGUAAGAAGAGAUGUCUUCCACAUAUUGUAGAAUGUAAAGUUAAUUUAGACUAUGCUAUAUUUUCAUAUUUUUGUGAUGCAUUUACAACCAAAAGAAACAAGAUAAUAUUGAAAUUCCAUCGAAAAAUGGCUCCCUUCAAGUUUUCUUUUGCCUGCGAUGAUACUUCAGUCGAAGAGAGUAAAACUUUGCAUGAAAUCGCUGAACUAAUGUGCCUGGAAUUAAGGAAAGCUGGGUUACAUUGCUUACUUCCAUCAAGAAGUGAUUUUACCAAAAAACUUUAUAUUCAGCUGAUAAAAUCGGAUUCAUUAGGGAUUCCUUAUACUGCUGUAGUUACUAAUGAGACUCUUAAUAAUGGAAUAUUUGGCCUAUAUUCCAGAGAUACAACACUUCAAGAGCAAGUGCAUAUGGGAAAGAUGGCUGAAUAUGGUGAAUUACUAAUGAAGAAUUAUUAGUGAUCUACCAAACAGUUGUUUUUAACAUUUUCGUUGUCUUAAAACAAUACUUUUUUAUCCUGAUAGUUAUUUAGAGUCCCGAAUAAUUUCAAAAAUUCGAAUUUUUGUAAUUUGUUAGAAAAUGAGUGAAUUGAUCAUUGUGUUAAAUUAUAUUUUUGUUUUAAUAUUGA